AUGGCGCCGCCGUCGUCGUUGAGGAAACUCCAAGAGCUGAUGAAGGGCAAAUUGAGCCCCGGGGAAAAUUCAAUUAGGGAUAAGGAUGAAGAGAAUCCGGAGGUUGCGCUUGUUUCAAAGAAGGUGAACAAGAAGUGGAAGAAGCUGCCGGGUACCAAGAAGGGGGAAGGGCGCGACGUGGAUAGGCUGGUCCGGGAGGAGGAUCCCGAGGUUGUGCUUGUUUCAAAGAAGCUGAACAAGAAGCGGAAGAAGCUGCCGGGUACCAAAAGGGGGAAAGGUGCGACGUGGAUAGGCUGGUCCGGGAAGAGGAUCCGGAGGGAAUCGAUCUGGGAAUCCAGUGAGCCGCUCACGGGUAAGAAGAGAAAAGAGGGGAAAGGCCACAUCGUGCUGGUCGGGCAGGAUGGUCCGGAGGUUGCUCCUGUGGCAAAGAAGUGGAAGCCAGAUCCGGUGGCAAAGAAGUGGAAGCCAGAGCCGGUGCCAGAGGACAUUCGGUUGAGUGCAUCAUUGACUGUUAUUGUUGCUUAUGCUCCAGACAUGCCACACAGGUAUGGACAUUUGCUAAGGUCGAUUACCUUUCUUCUGCCUUACAAGAGUGAAGGGAAGGCAUAUGAAUGUGAUCCCAACACAGUGAAAGAUCUGAUAAGUCGAACCAGAUGUGGUUUAUGUCUUUUCUUUGAGUGGGUUCAAAGAGAUAAGGAGAUGUUUUGUUGGAUAAUUAAUAUAUCGAAAAAUAAUUCUACUCAGUUACUUGUAAAUCCAGCAUUUGUAUCAGAAAUGUCAGAAGUGAAAGUUAAGCGUGCAGCUUGUGCUUUCUCAUUAAACUUCUGUAGUGAUAAAAAAUGGGCUGGUGUAAAGAAUGCUUUGGAGAUGGUGUUUUCUUCACCUCAACACAAGACAUCUGAAGCUCCUGAUAAUAUGUAUGUCUUCACAAGGAUAGAUGAUUGUGUCUACUUCAGAAAUAUAAAGGUUGGACCUUAUUUUUGCCUGAAGCUUGUGGAUAUUCAUGGAGAGACUGCUGUCACAUAUCUACCUUCAGAUGUUGUUCCACAAAAUAAGAUUAAAGUGUGUCCCAUUCAAUAUUGUAGUUUGUCACCUGAAUUGGGAUCUUGCAUAGCACCUCAUUCCCUCUACUUGAAUGGCGAAAACUAUACGAUCCUUAUGGAGAAUGGUCAUGAUUUGUCAGCAUUUGAGGGUUAUAAUGUUAGCCUUGAGGAGUUUCUUGCAGAGCAACCAUUAUUGAAAAUAAAACAUAUUGUUGGAUAA